UCUGUGAAUAAUAUAUAUUUGAUAACAUGAUGAAAAUUAAAACACAAAAUAAACUUAUUCUCUUGAAUGCUAUACGGGAAAGAAAAAGUGUAUUGUUUGGCAAUUUUAAAUCUACAUCAAAUGAUGAAAAGGUGGAAUCUUGGAAAAGUGUCCAUAACAUAGCCCAAUCAUUACAACUUGCAACUUCUGAUCGUUCUUGGCAGUUCACUAGGGACAAGUUGUAUGGACUAUGGAAAUGUCGCACUUUAGAAAAGAGGGAUAAUAAGAAAGGUAAGUUCACUGGCAAGGCGGGAGGAAAAAAAUGCCAGUAUGAUGAUGUUGAUCUAGCCAUACUAGAUAUUUUAGAUGAAGAUUCGGCAAUAGUGCAAGGUUUAGGAUUGCCUGGAUCAUCAACAUUUGCUGAAAAUAAUACUUCUAUUGUUAAAGAUAACAGUCUCUUACUGGACACAAAUAUGAUACCUUCAACUUCUGACUCAACUAUUGAUAAGUCCACCAUUACAACGUCUGAAACUUCCAGCAGUAACCCACUAGACUGUCAAAAAAAUAUGAAAAGGAAAAAAGCGUUAUUGGAUUUUUCGAAUAAAAAAACAAAGGCUGACAAUGAAAAUGACCGAGCUGAACUCAUUAAAAUUGAAAUAUAUAUAAGAAAAUUGCAAGCUUUGAAAUUAGAAAGGGAGUUAGGAUUACAGCCAUCUAUAUUUACUAAAGAUUUAGUUAAAGAAAGUUUGAUUCAAGAGGUUGAAUUGGUAAAUGUGCCUGUUUUAGAUUUAGAUGCUUCAAAUACUUCAAUAGAUCUGUUUGGUGAAUUUUAUUUUAGUGUUUUUGCUUGUGCUUUUAAUAAUGCUUAUGCUGUAUGUGUAUCAUACUAUGGGUGAACUCUGUUGUAUGUCAAGUCAUACUACAGUGUAGGUAUCGCAUUGUAAAUGAUUGCUUGAAGUAGAUAACAGGUGUAAAUGUACGGUUCUUAUAGUUAUAAAAUAAUCUUUUUUUUGAAACAUACUGGGUGGUUGGUAAACUGUUUUGUAUCAAAUUCAAAAUCACUAAUUUGUAUGGAGGGCGAUUUUUUUAUUGUGAACCAGUCAAUAUCUCGGUGGUAAGUAUUUAGAAUUUUAAAAUAAUUUUUUUUUUAACUUUCUAGGUUGUAUUGUUUUAUACUGUGAUAAUUUUGACAAUUUUACCAUAUUGGUCAUAAUCGAUAAAAUAUAGAUGAUAAUAAUUAAUAAGUAAUAAGUACAAUAGUUAUACUAAUUAUCUAACAGAUUAAUGAUAAUUAGAUAUAAUCAUAUUUUUAUUUAAUAAAUUAAAUGUGAUUGCAUGUAAAUUUUGGAUAAUUCAUAAAAUAAUUGGUUUGUGUAUAUUUUAGAGCAUUUGUGGGCAGUUUUUUUCUUAUAAAUGCAUGCUUAUAUAACAAUUUAUUGUGGAAAUAAUUUUAAUAAUGAUACUUAGGGUGGUGCUAUAUUUGUUCUGUAAAAAUCUUAAUAUAUCUGAACAUCUCUAGGAAAUGGUCAAAGAUUUUUUUCAAAGUAUGAAUUUCUUCAAUAGAUAUAAUUAAACAAAA